UCCUUUUGCAGCAACACGUUUUACCUUUUUUUUUUCCCUGUUCCAUCCUGCCUGCAGAGACAGAAGGAGACUCCUCGCACCCCCCGCCUGCCACGGCUUUGAUGAGGAACCUGUUCUGCUGCCCGAUUCAUGCCUGUCUCAGGAGAUGGCUUUAUUGAAGCUGCUCCCACCGGAUCCAGAAGAUGAGGGCACCCAAAGGUGCAGGCUUGGGCCUGCUGCAUUCGCCUCCCUGGAUGCUAAGCUGGACUCUCUGAUCAAGAUCACCUUGCCCAGCGGCUGUUGCCUGUGCAAUGCCUGGCCAAGGCAUGAUUUGGCUGAUGGCUACCUGCAGCUCGACCUCAAAUGCAGAACUUGGGGUUUAAGGGGAAGCCAGCUACGAAAGCAGACCGUGACCAUGGACCAUUUGAGAGUGGUGGCCUGCCCCAAGCUAAGACACGUGACGGUCCGAGUCAUCUUUAAAAACCACGCCUCAAAAAAAGUGCUUCCUGAAACGGUGCUGCAGGAAGUGGUGCGAGAGCUUUUGAGAAAGGCCUGUGUUGCACGCCAACACAUUGUGACUUUCCCCCCAAUUCUGGGCAAUCCCGUGGCGUGCGUCGAAAUACUGUCCAUGGAGCCAUCCGCCACAGAAGAAGCUGGCUUGAUCACCCCCCAAACCAACGUGAACAUUAAAGAGACAAUCACAUUGGACAGAUAUAAACGCCUGAUGGGGGACGGUUCAAAAAUCCAGGUGGCCGGCUUGGACGAAGUCAGCAAUGCUUUAAAAGAAAUGAUUGAGUUGCCUUUGCGUUUUCCGAACACCUUUAAAAAAUUAGGCUUUUCGGUCCCAAAGGGAGUUCUUUUGGUGGGACCGCCGGGAGUUGGCAAGACGCUGCUGGUAAAAGCAGUGACUGGGCAAGUUGGGGCCUGCCUGGUAAGCCUCAGUGGCCCUGUGGUCUAUGGUUCACGGCCUGGUGAAAGCGAGGAGAACUUGCGACAAGUCUUCGAGCAAGCGAGAGAACUCUCCAGCGAAGGGCCCACAGUCCUUUUUAUUGAUGAGAUCGAUUCAUUGUGCCCCAGGCGGGGAGCUACGGGUCAUGCCCCUGAGCAUCGUCUGGUGGCUCAGUUGCUAACUCUUAUAGAUGGAUUUGGUCAAGGACAUGGCCUGGUCAUUGUAGGGGCCACAAACAGGCCAGAUUCCCUGGACCCUGCAUUGAGGAGACCAGGCAGAUUUGACCAGGAGAUUAUCAUUGGGAGCCCAACCCUUAAGCAAAGGAGGUCUAUUCUGCAGCUGAUUACUGCUGGCAUGCCUGUGUCGGACAAUGUGAAUUUGCUGGAACUGGCAGAAAUAACAACUGGUUUUGUUGGGGCUGACCUUACAUCACUCUGCAGAGAGGCUGCAAUGCAAGCCCUAUUUCGUAAUUGCACAGAUUCAGUUUGCCCCGUUGAGAUGUCAGACUUCCAUGAGGCCCUGAAAAAGAUUCAGCCAACCUCUUUCCGAAGCGGAAUUGGAUUAACAGACUUCAAGCCUGUCUCAUGGGAUCAGAUUGGUGGCCUUGAAGAUGUGAAAUUAAAAUUAAAACAGAGCAUUGAAUGGCCUAUAAAAUUCCCAGAAGCGUUUGUCCGGAUGGGGCUGGCCCGCCCAAAGGGUAUCCUUCUCUAUGGACCAUCAGGUUGUGCAAAAACGAUGCUUGUGAAAGCAGCAGCAUCCUGUUCCCAUUGUUCCUUUCUGUCUGUGAACGGCGCUGAUCUUUUCUCACCUUUUGUUGGAGAGUCAGAGAAGAGUUUGUCUCAGGUAUUUCGUCAAGCGAGAGCAAAUAGUCCAGCAAUAGUCUUCCUGGAUGAAAUUGAUGCUAUCUUGGGAUCCCGAUCAGUGACUAAAACUGGGUGCGGGGUCCAUGAGAGAGUUCUUUCUGUCCUUCUCAAUGAGUUGGAUGGUAUUGGAGUAAAGUUAACUGAGCGAAGAGGAAAUAAAGCAGAGGUGGAAAAUGAGAGUCAAGAACCAACUGAAAGUGAUAAAGAGUUAGAACUUCAGGAGGUUUUCAACAAAGACGUCAUCGUCGUCGCUGCAACAAACAGACCAGACUUGUUGGAUGAUGCCUUGUUACGUCCAGGACGUUUAGAUAAGAUCAUUUAUGUCCCACCACCAGAUCAGAAGGGAAGGCUUUCCGUGUUGAAAAUCUGCAUGGAAAAAAUUCCAGUAGAUUCUGAUGUCUCUCUAGACAAUAUAGCAACUCAAACUAAUAUGUUCUCUGGAGCCGAUCUUCAGAAUCUCUGUAAGGAAGCUGCUUUGCUAGCAUUGCAAGAGAACAAAGUUGAAGCAACAGCUGUGAAAUAUAAACAUUUUGAAAAAUCCCUGGAGACUGUAAAGCCAUCAUUAACUCACAAAGAAUUGGAAUUUUAUCAAAAACUGUUUAGAAUUCAGUAAUGUAACUUGUAAAAUGGAUAUAUACCAACAUACACUAGUAUGUUUAACUUGGGUAAUAAACUGAAAGAUCUGUAAAGGGGGAGGGUGGAAUAAUGAAGGGAAGAUAGCAUAUUUGGAUGAAUGUAUUUAUUUUAAAUAUUUUAUGCCACUUCUCCAGAAUUGUUCGCUGUAUGCAACCCUGCUUCUCUUAGGAUUCUAGUGGAACUUGAUUUCCAUGUUUUUCAGAGACGUUAAAGAUUUCUUGGGGGCAUGGACAGACUCAAUUUCUCUUAUUUUAGUCUUGGAGAGGAGUUUGUUAAAGCCACUAACCAGAUUCUUGAGUUGACAUAAAUGUUAUAUUUUGGCUUCGCGUGUAAUGGAAUCCAGGCAUGGUGGCUUGCAACCUAUGGUUUAUAGCUCCGCAUUAAGCCAUAAAAAGUUAAAUCAAGCAAUAAUCAGAUGUUGACUGAGUUUGCAUAUUAAACUAGAAAUCAUGGUUUAUGUAUCACAAGAUAUACCUAGUAUAUAUCAGGAUAUAGUUGAGUACACAGUGUACUAAGCCAAACCUAACCAAACUAUGUGAUGACCUCCAAUGUUGUGUGAACUAUUAGGCACUGAAUGGAUUCUCACAUCAGACUUUAUUCUUGGGUUUAGAUAUUCUCUGUUAUUUCUAAAAGUAAUUCAGAUUAUGCUUUGGAACAAAUCAUGGAUAACUGAAAAAGCCAGAAUUUGCUGAGUCCCUACAAUAUGCUAAAUUAUGGAUUCAUCUACAAACAGUAAUGGUUGCGUUCAGACAACAUGCUAACCCCAAAUGAAAUAAACCAUAUUCUUGUUUAGUGUAAUGGAUGAACGCAUCAUAUCCAAGAAACUGAUUCUGGAUAGGAACCAAUCCUUGACUUGAUAUGCUGUCAAAUCACUCAGGAAAACUAAUCACAAUACUAUCAAUUUUAGCAUAAUGGUAAGUAAAAUUUACUCCAAAAGUAUUACAGGCCACUUCAGUAUUUUUGUAUCUUCAUGUGACUGAGUUCUGUUAUUCAAUAAAAAGA